UUGGCUCUUUUUUCUUUCUUUCAAUUCUUCUUCUCUCUUUUCUUCUCAAGGCGGGCCUUCUUGUAUUCCAUUCGUCAAUCCGCAGGCUUGGGUUCUUGGUAUUCAGUUCUCUCCAUCCUGUCGCUUCUGUCGCUCUCGGUCUGCCAAGUCGAUUUCAUUUUCCGGUGAAUCUUAAUACUAAUUGUCGUUCGUUAUCUCGCUGUUUCGCCUAUUCGGUCAUGUUAUGAAGGAACCAAGACAGGUGCUUGGAUGCAGCGCAUUUCGACGCACUUAACAUUUUAAAUUAUAACAUGCCGUCAUCUAACAGCAAGCGACAAUCUCAGGAAACCCGAUUAUGGAAAUAUUCACCAAAGAUGUAUCGACGAUCGAAGCUUCAGUUGCGCGGUAGUCUGGGACGUGGAGAUUCUGGGGGCGACUCUCUUAGCAGUAGGGGACUGAGGUCGCGCUCGGUUAUUACUCGAGAUCGAGCUGGUAAUUUCGAUGGACGCGAAGACGACGAUGAUGUUGAAGGGCGUAACUUUCGCACAUUUGAUCAGGCUUUAGUUGAUGAUGAGAUAUCGGACAGUUCUGACGAAUCUGGAGAUGAUAUUGGAGGUUUUAGUGACGACGAUAGUGAUGAUGACGAAGUUGUCAAUACCCCACAACAACAAAUACAACCACCACCGCCGCCUCCGCCGCCUCCUCCUCCUUCUCCCCCAUCACUGGCGAAGUCUUCGGGCUCUAUCGUCACGCUAACAGCUCUACAACCUCCCCGAACUACUGCUGGGUCGGGGAUCACGACUACUCCUCUCCCAGUACUACCAACUCCUACGAAACCUAUUCUGGCGGUACAAACACUCACAGAAACAGAUGAUUUUAAGUACCCAGUUCCUACGUCCGAUAGAAAGGAAGCAGGCGAUCCAAAUACUUUACCUUCAUCUACUUUUACCACCAAGUUCCUGUCAACAUCUACGACUAUCCCGGCGGCCAUAGCAACAGCUUCAACGACGAUAGGGCAAACUCCACAACCUGUCCUGGACAAUGGCGACGAUAGUUCCGAUGGUGACAAACAUAGAAUGCACGAUAAAAACCCUCCUCCUCGAGGAUUAGACCCUGUAGCGGAACACCUUCUCAUCGCUGCGGGUGCUAUCGGUGCAUUUAUUCUAUUUUGUUUCAUUGGCUGGAUCAUUUAUAGGGUCAUGAAGAAAACUAAGGGUCAAGGUAUUGGUGUCAGCGGUGGUAUGGGUUUCAUCGAUAAAUUUCCCUGGAAACGACGGGGACCCAUGGAUGGGGCUUGGGAUGGUCGUGCGAUGUAUAUGACCAACGAGGCACCCCCCAACUAUGAAAAGGGUGAAUAUGGCGGCGCUAUGCAAUCAGGAGUCUAUGGACCUGGGAAGCCAUAUCCACCUGGGCCUGGCAGCGCCGCUCGUUCGGUCAUGUCAAAUUCCGAGAUGGGAACACUCCGCCAAAUGCCAAAUAAUGACUCGGCACUAGCCAGCAUUCUCGACCAGUAUCCGGCGGAUAAUGAAGGCGCCGCCAAUAAUAAUGUGAACCUAACUUUAAGAUCACAAUCGACACAGCCAUAUUAUACUGCAUCAGAGCUCGUUCGUCAACAACCGGAUACAUAUACUCCACAAAGACGGGCUGGGAACCGGGCUAGCGAACUAUCAUCGAUUUCCUCUGGAUUUGGCGACGGCGACAUCAUCAUCCCACCGCCAUUGGCGGCCAGCAAAUCUUCCGCGGAUGAAGAUGUGGAUGACUCAACUCGAGAAAUCGCCCGAGACUCUGCUCGAGAUUCUCGCCGAGAGUCUUGGAUGGACCGAGAAGAGGGUAGAAGGGAGACGGUAUAUACAACUACGAGUGAGGAUCGACCGGCUCGAUUUCGAUCUAUAACUAGCUGGGUGAACCAGCAGGCAGGUCGAGCAAAACGAGCAGGAUCAAGGGCACGGGAACGUGGGGAGGUGCCAGUCAUGCCAGCAAUUCCAGGCGAAAUAAGCGCGAUUCGACAGACAGCUUACCGGUGAUCUGUCAUCCAGUCUAAUUCAACAAAGCCCAACGCGAUACUGAACUCAGUUUUGACUACUAUCAUAGCACUACAGGGUCUUUUUUUUCUUUUUUUCCGAAACCUUGACCGAAGAUAUAUGAUACUAAAGAGAAGCCGACUUACAUACAUUAGGAUCGCG